GCCAUUGAGGGCCCCUACUUCCUGCUGCCGCGGGGACGAUGCGGGGUCAUUCGCGGGUGGGCUGCUCCGGGAGGGCCUGCCUGAUCCUUUGGGUCUCUGGUGACAGGCAGAGGCGGCCGCGGGGUCCCGACCAGCUUGUUCCGGCGGCGGACCGGACGGGCUGACCUUGGCUGCUGCUGUUUGCAGCUUGUAGCCCAGGGUCGGAGCCAAUGGCUGCUUGGGCCGCCGCCAGCCUGAGCAGGGCCGGUGCCCGAUGCUUGUGGGCACGAGGCCCCGGUGUCUGGGCGGCUCCUCCACGCGUCCCCCAGCCCUUCCAGCCCGAUCCCCAGGUCUGCGGCUCCGCUCCUGGCAGGACGCUUCACCUCACCGCGGUGGCCCCAGCUGGGCACAAUAAGUGGUCCAAAGUCAGGCACAUCAAGGGGCCCAAAGACACCGAAAGGAGUCGCAUCUUCACCAAACUCUGUUUGAACAUCCGCCUGGCAGUUAAAGAGGGAGGCCCCAACCCUGAGCUCAACAGCAACCUGGCCAACAUCUUAGAGGUGUGUCGCAGCAAGCACAUGCCCAAGUCAACGAUUGAGGCAGCACUGAAAAUGGAGAAAACUAAGGACAUAUAUUUGCUGUAUGAGGGUCGAGGCCCUGGUGGCUCUUCUCUGCUCAUUGAGGCAUUGUCUAACAGUGGCUCCAAGUGUCAGUCGGACAUUAGACAAAUCCUGAACAAAAAUGGGGGAAUGAUGACUGAGGGAGCUCGUCACUCCUUUGACAAAAAGGGGGUGAUCGUGGUUGGAGUUGAAGACAAAGAGAAGAAAACAGUGAACCUAGAGCGUGCCCUAGAGCUGGCAAUUGAAGCGGGAGCUGAGGAUGUCAAGGAAACUGAAGAUGAAGAAGAAAAUAACAUUUUCAAAUUUAUUUGUGAUGUUUCUUCACUGCAUCAAGUGAGGAAGAAGCUGGACUCCCUGGGCCUGUGUUCUGUGUCGUGUGCACUAGAGUUCAUCCCCAACUCAAAGGCAUGUGGCAGCCCAUUCUGGAACACAGGCCUCUGCAGUGAUCUCUGAGAGUAAAGCAGGAGGCGGGUACCUAGCAGGUCAGGAGGACUAUGGCUCGGACUUGUGGCCUUGAGACCAAGGGAACCCCACACUUCCAUGGGACCUCUUUGUCAGCUCUGCUGGUGUCUCAGAGCCCUUCUGGAUGAGUCUCCUGACACCCUCCUGGAUGCAAGGUGGGGCCACCUAGCUGGUCAGACUCUGAUCUCAGGUAGUUGGCCCUUGUGGGGAUUGUAAGUGACCCGAGGCCCUAUGUACUAGAAACUGCUCUUAAAUAAUAACAGUGAUUGAUCUUGG